AUGUCGACGCCGGACUACACCGCGCUGCUCUCGCAUACGGCGCGCAACCGUAUGCCGUCGGCCAUCCGCUCGCUGUUCCCGGCCGAGCUCAUCCCGGGCAUGGUCUCGCUGCUAUCUGGCAAGCCCAAUGCCUCGACCUUUCCGUUUCAGCGCCUGACACUCGAGCUGAAGCCCGCCCACGCAUCUGCUUCGCCGGAAAGCGUCACCGUUGAAGGGGCGGAUCUGGAUCUGGCGCUGCAGUACAGCCCUACCAGCGGAUUGCCUCGGCUCGUCUCUUGGCUGGAGGCGUUUCAAUCUCGAAUUCACUCCCGAUCCAAGGAGGACAGCUGGCGCUGUUCGGUCGGAAACGGCUCUCAGGAUCUACUCACCAAAACGUUCGAGGCGCUGCUCGACGCCGGUGACUCUGUUCUGCUCGAAUCCCCCGCGUAUAGCGGGAUCCUACCGAGCCUCGUCGCGCACAACGCACGCCUGUUUGAGGUGGCCACCGAUAGCGAAGGGGUGGAUCCCACCGCGCUCGCGCAGAUCCUCGACAAUUGGACGACCCGAGAGGAGACGAAGGAUGCGCGAUUCCCAAAGUUCCUCUAUACCACCCCAACGGGCGCCAACCCGUCCGGUACUAGCGCAUCGACGACCCGCAAGAGGGAGGUCCUAGCACUGGUGAGACGACACAACAUGCUGUUGCUCGAGGACGAUCCGUACUACUUUCUCAGCUUUGACGGGCUUACGUCUGAUGCGGACGCUGUCACCCGUGAGAGGGGAAAGAGCUACUUUCAUCUGGAGACCGAGUACCCCUCGACGGCGGGGCGGGUGGUGCGCUUCGACAGCUUCAGCAAGAUCCUAAGUGCCGGAUUGCGAUUGGGCUGGGUGACCGGGCCAAAGGCCGUGUUGGACGCGAUCGAUCUCGAUACAAGCUCGAGAAACCUUCAGACGAGCGGAACGUCGCAGGCAAUCGCACUGGCGUUGGUCGAGAAGUGGGGCGUAGACGGAUUCCUAACGCAUGCAGAUGGCGUGGCUCGAUUCUACCAGGAUCGGCUGGAGCAAUUCGAAUCCUCCGCACGAACGCAUCUCCAAUCCUUACCAAGCAUCGCCACCUGGGUCCGCCCAACAGCAGGCAUGUUCCUCUGGAUCCGUCUGCAUUUGCCUCCCACACCCGAGAGCGAGGCGGGCGACUCGUUCACCCUCAUCAGCGACAAAGCCAAGGCAGCCGGCGUCCUCGCUUUGCCCGGUGUCGCGUUCAAACCGCCCCCUUCCAAGGGCGAGGGCAAGAAGACAAGCGCCUAUGUCAGGACCAGCUUCUCCCAGGUGCCGCUAGACCAGAUCGACGAGGCGUUCCGCAGACUGAGAGGCGUCGUCGAGGAGGCGUGGCGCGAGGCUAGAUUGGAGAUCCCCGCUUGA